AUGGCUAAACCCCUGCUUUGUUUUCUGCUGCAGGCGGUGGACACAGCUGAGGAGCCUGGUGUGCACAGCAGGGGGGAGGCCAGGCUGGCAGCCGCCCGGGAGAUGCAGGUCUGCACCCGGGGCCGCUGGACGCAGGUGCACCUGUGGGUUUGCACCACGCUGCCCUGUGGCCACGGAGAACAUGACAACAGCCCCGAACGGCCAUGGGCGACUCGCCGCAAUCCCUGUUCAGUCUCGGACCCCAAAAUGGGGACCUACGCAGCGUGCCAGAAUGGGGGGUGCAGCGGCAGCCACGGCCCCGAGGCGGAGGCGCCGGACGCCAGGCUCAGCCCCGCCAAACUCCUGCGCCUCUUCUCAGCGAGCAGGAAGCGGACGGGCGCCUCCCCGAGAGGCCGCGUUCCGGGGGCCUGGUGGGUGCGAGGCGCGCGGGCCGGGGCCGGCGCCGGGGCGGGGGCCGCGUCCGCCCGCUCGGACCCCGAGGACGCGGACGACGCCUUCCGGAGGCGCGCGCCCCGCUCCCGCCGCCUCCGCCGCCCUCCGGCCCGGGCCGCCUCCGCCUGCAGGGCCGCGGCCGGGAGCUGUGCCCGGGCCGCCGGGGCCCCCGGGGCGUGGGCUCCCGGCGACGGAGCCCGAGGGCAGCGGCAGCAUCCCGGGGCGGGGGGCGCGCGGGCAAGGCCGGCGCACCACAGGACGCCCAGCAUCCCGGCGGCGGGCGCGGAGAGGCUCGGCGGGCAGAGGGCUCCGGGGGGGAGAGCGCGCCCGUGGCGGGCAUCCCCGGGCUCCGAGCUGGAGCGCGCGCGGGGCAGGGCAGGGGCGCGGGGUCCCCGGGCCUCGGGGCCGCCCUGCUGCAGGCGUCCCGGGCGGCCGCGGACGCAGCCCUCGUGCCCCGGGAGGGGGCAGCUCCGGGGCGGCGGCGAGCACCCGUCUGUGCGCCGGCAACGCCGCGUCGGGCCCGAUUGCCUGCGAAGUGUCGAGCAAAGCCUGGGGUGCAGCACCCCCUGGGAGCCAGUUCCCAUUCGACCUGGAGCAACCCUCCACUCCCCCGAGGCCCACCACAUCCAAGCCUUCGGCCCCCGGAGCCCAGGCGCUGGGAGCCGUCUCAGCGCGCAGUCCCCGAGUUCAGGGGACAGUGGGGAAAGGGCAGAGGGUCCUGCUCGGAGGGGGCAGGGGCCUGUGUCCCUACAGGAUUCAGAGCAAGCCACCUGCGGCGAAGGCGGUGAGGACAGCGGAGCCAGCAGCCGCCCUCAGCAGAGCCUCUGCGGGGCUUCGGGUCCAGAGGAAAAGAGGCGGGAGAGAGGUGACUGUCACUGCACAGGGUUCCAGUGCUUUGUAUCAGCGGUUGCUGCCUCCAGAAAAUCACUCUGAGACAAUAUAAAUAUUUCCAGAUUGUCACACUUUUGUUACUGCCUUGACUCAAUGUAUUUAAAACUGCAAAUCGGACUCAUUAACACACCAGCUCUCAUCCUGAUGGGGAAAUGAUGUCAGAGCACAGGCUCCCUGCAGGCAAAGCCACUCCCUGUCUUGCACACACUGAGGUGUUUCAGAUGCAUGGGGAGGCCCUGCCCUCAAACACAAGUGACCGCCCUGCUCAGCGCUUCUCGGCUAAGACCAAGCUUCACAGGGCCAUGCCGAAGUGUGAACUAGGAAGACUGUAAGCUGCCAGCACCCGUUAGAGCAUUCUCACCACAGUCUGGGACAAUCUUAGUAAAGGAAGUAUUUUACUGAACAUUGGGACUAUGGUUAUUUCUUUUCAUCUAAAAGUUCACCAGUAACAGGAUGAUUG